CCGAGCGGAACGGACGUGCCCUGGACAGUGGGUGACGCGCGCCGAGGCGAGUUCGUGGACUGUCGUCGUCGUCGCUGGUUCGAGGCCCCGCCGAGAGGGACGUUCACCCCGCGGGCUGCCCGAUGACAACAUGGUGAAGCUCGAAGGACCGCUCCCGCACCCCGCGAUGGCCCGCACGCCGCUCAAGUCGUCCUUCAGCAUCAGCUCGAUCCUGCCGGAGACGGCGGCGCGGCCCCCCAGCCCGCCGCUCACCGCCUCGCCGGACCUGCUCGAGUCCGACUCCGACUCCGACCUGGACGUGACCGGGGGCGGCACGCCGCCGCCGCUCGACUGCAGCAGCCGCCGCCAGGCGUCGCCGCCGCCGUCGUCGUCGCAGGACGCGGGCAAGGCCGCCGAGGAGGAGGAGAAGAAGAAGAACGAGAAGCCGCCGUACAGCUACAACGCGCUCAUCAUGAUGGCGAUCCGCCAGAGCCCCGAGAAGCGGCUCACCUUGAACGGCAUCUACGAGUUCAUCAUGAAGAACUUCCCGUACUACCGCGAGAACAAGCAGGGCUGGCAGAACUCCAUCCGCCACAACCUGUCGCUCAACAAGUGCUUCGUGAAGGUGCCUCGCCACUACGACGACCCGGGCAAGGGCAACUACUGGAUGCUCGACCCGUCAUCCGAGGACGUGUUCAUCGGCGGCACGACGGGCAAGCUGCGGCGGCGGUCGACGGCCGCAUCGCGCAGCCGCCUCGCCGCCUUCAAGCGCACCGUGGUGCUGGGCGCGGCGGCGGCAGGCCUGUACCCGGGGGCGGGCGGCGGCUACCCCGGGGCCUCGCCCUGGGGGGUGCCGCCCCUGUACUGCGGGCCCGCGGCGCUGUACCACCGCUACCCCGCCGCCUACCCCUACCCGGGGCUCCUGCCCAAGCCGACGCCGCUGCCGGCGCACGGCUUCUCCGUGGAGCGGCUCCUGGGCGCCGACGCCGGCCCCGGGUCGCCGUACGCCGCCCUCCGCGCCGGGCUGCACCCGUCGCCGCACCACCCGGCGCUCUACCCCGCCACGCCCUACCACGACUUCUACGCGACGCUGCGGUCGCUCGCGGCCGGCCACCCGUCGCUGCUCGCGCCGUCCCCGGGGGCGGCGCCCGGCCCCGCCACCGCCUCGUCCAGCUGCAGCAGCAGCCCCGAGCCGCGGCCCGCCGCCUCCCAGCACCCGCCGCCGCCGGCGCCCGUCUUCAAGCCCAUCGGCGUGCUGGCGUCGCGGCCCAGCUAGCUGCCGCCCCCGCCCCCGCCCCCGCCCAGGUAAAUACCUUCCGCUUCGACGCCAGAGACUCUCGCUCGAGUCCUCGGACUAUCCUGUUGCUCGUUCAGACAGUUUAACGACCGUUACGAACCGUUACGUCGAGUGAAUGCAGCAUUUAUGUACAUACUUGUGUAAAUACGUGUCUCAGAAAUAGUAUUACUGUAAAUAAGUUAAAUGUAUAUCUUCUUUGCUAUACAGGUACAUAUUACGUUUCGGCUGAUAAUCAGCCUGAUAUAUUAUUACAGAAAAUGUUAUUGGGCCAACGUUUUAAGUGUUUUAAAAUAUAAAUAUGUUCGAUUGUGAUACAAAUACCUUUUUAAGCAGACACAGCCCUGGAAACAUAGUUCUUGUUAAGUGAUGGAAUACCUAUAUAAUACCACUUUAAUUGAUAAAGAGGUAGGUAAUGUAGAUUAAAUGUAAGUUUACUCAAAUAGAGAUUGUUUUUACUUUUUAAUUCAUAUAAGUUGAUGUUUGUAACUUGAAUGAUUUCGCACGCGAUGCGUCAUAGUUACGUUAAUUUACUGAUGCAAAAUAAUUCUUAUGAGAAUUCUGGCUAAAAAUAUAAAGGUUCUUUAAAAAAAUUUUUUAGUUUUUCUUAAAGGAAUUUUUAAUUGCCUUUUUAUUUAUAAUUUUAGUCAUACAAGCACAUGCACAAAGUUAGCAUAGAAACAAAGCUACAAUAUACAUAAUUUUUAAGUUCCUUUUUUUUUUUUACUUUCAGUAGGAAACUUGUAUACCAACAAUCCAUUAUUUGGUAGCUUGUACUGUUGAUUAAAAUUUAUUUAUUGCAUUAAAGGCCUCUGUAGGCUUAUAAAAUCAAUAACACAAGUGCAAAAUCUAUAAAAAGAUUAAUUUGUUUGCACUUUUCUGGGUAGUAGCAAUCACUAGUGGUAAUUUAAUUAUCAUUAUGUGCCAUUGCAGCGUGUUACACUGAAUAAAGUCACAUAGGUACGAUUUUGUGUGUGCUGUAUGCAUAAUAAACUGUGUUGUUUUAGUGAAAUGCUAAUGUCUUUGUGUCCGGUUCUACUCUUUAUACAGUGGGCAUCUACAGAUGCUUUGCAAAUAAUUAACUCGUAAAAACUAUCUGCUUGUGACUGGUUUCAAAUUAGGAACACGAUUUUAGGCUAUUAGGUCGUGUAGUUCUCUUCAGGAUCUAGUCAUGAAUACAAUUUUUCACUAUCUUGCAAUGCUUGGCUUUGGUUUAAGAACAGGAAGUAACCUGUAAGAUAUGCAGACUUCUUGGUUGUUAUCUGUGUUGUUAAAAUGAAUGUGUCAUUGAAAGUUUAAACGUGGUCAAGGAGCUAAUGCAGCUAUACUGCGAUAUAUCCUACUUUUUAACAUUUGCGUGAUUGUUUUACUAGGAAAAUUAAUGUGUUAUUUGAUAAGGCUAAAUACAUAAAUUCACAGGUAUUUUCUCAAAGCCAUUGUCUGGUCAUUCAGGUAAAAUUUGUAAACAUAAACAAUGGAAAAAAUUUUUUUUAGACUUAAUAUAAAUUUUUAAAAUAAAAUUUUCAUUUUAAAGUAAAUAAUGUGCUACCUAGUACCUAAUGCGGCAUUGCUGCAUCAAUAAGCUAGAGCAAACAUGAGUAGCUAUAUUUUAAUAUGUGAUGUUACCAAAAUAAUGGCAAGGAACUUACAGGCUUUUUAUAAUGAUUAUUUGACAUUUCACUAAGUUGUUAUUUUCAACUAAGUGUAGUAGAUCUCAUCAGUAUCCAUAGUUAUAAGUGACAGAUAAUAAACUUCUAGAAAAUGCAUAAUACGGGAACCUAAAUUUAGAUUUUUUUGGUUCCAACUAGUAGGGCACUUUAAUUUAAAACAGCCAAGUUCCUUUUGUUUUUGCUAACUAUAAAUGCAGGUACUUUAAAAUUACUUAAAUACUACUUAAUAAUGUUGGCUGAAUACAGCCCUUGAUACGUCCCAAAAUAAACGCAAAUGUAUUUCGCUUUUAUUGUUUUUAGUGUAUCAAAUAUUGUAAGUUAUUAUAGUAUUUCCACAAAGCCCACAAUUAUGUACAUAAGGAAUCAGUGUAAAAGAUACGAUGUUUUUACUGUCAAAAAUUAUAGAUUAAACUGGUUUUAAUAU